CUCAAAGCCAGCUCUGGCUGUGCCAACAUGGGGCUGCCCCGGGCAGGGCUGUGGCUGAAAAGGCUCUGGGUGCUCCUGCAGGUGGCCCUUCAAGUGGCCGUGGGCAAAGUGCUGCUGACACUGUUUCCUGACAGAGUCAAGCAGCACAUCGUGGCCAUGAACCAGAAGAACCCUCACUUCUCCUACGACAACUGGGUCCCGACCCUCUACAGCACCCAGUAUUUCUGGUUUGUCCUGAAGGUCCAUUGGCAGCGACUAGAGGACACGACUAAGAGAGGGGGUCUGGCCCCAAACAGCCCCGUGGUCCGCCUCUCAGGGCAGAGGUGCAACAUUUGGGACUUCAUGCAAGGCAACAGGCCAUUGGUGCUGAAUUUUGGAAGUUGUACCUGACCCUCAUUUCUUUUCAAAUUUGACCAAUUCAAGAGACUUAUUGAAGACUUCAGUUCCAUAGCAGACUUCCUCAUCAUCUACAUAGAAGAAGCACACGCAUCAGAUGGCUGGGCUUUUAAGAACAACGUGGUCAUCAGGAAUCACCGAAAUCUCCAGGACCGCCUGCGGGCAGCCCGCCUGCUGCUGGACAGGAGCCCGCCGUGCCCUGUGGUGGUGGACAGCAUGGAGAACCGGAGCAGCCAGCUCUACGCGGCGCUGCCCGACAGGCUCUACGUGCUGCAGGCGCGCAGGAUCCUCUACAAGGGUAAACCUGGCCCUUGGAACUACCAUCCAGAGGAAGUUCGUGCUGUUCUAGAAAAGCUCCACAGUUAAUCUGGAAAGAUCCCCCAGUUCCAGGUGACCAAUGGGAGGGCUCUUCAAGGCUCUGCUCGCCCCCUGACCCAGCUGGCUUUUACCUCUUGACCUGUGUCCCCGGCUCAAUCACCAACUCAGAUUUUUCUGAUCUAAGCAAACAGCUCUCAGCUGGGGAGCGCAGCACACAGCACUCAAUCAGGAGCAAUUGUCAUCAUCAGACAACAAAGCAGCAAGCAAGCAGAGUGUCAAAGAGUAUACAGCUGCCCGCUGCCCCCACGGUGGGGACCCGGGGCACUGCAGGAUGUCUGAGAGCGAGCGCCGUGGCACGCCUUGGCGUCCUCUGAGGUGUGCUCUCUCCAGCCACUCUGACACCAUGUGGUUAGAUAGGCAACCCUUAGGUAAACUCAUUUUACCCAAUUUUCCAUUAUGGGUUGAUAUUUUAAGACACUAAAUUGGUUUUUAGAACCAGGCAUGGGGAGAAGUCCAGGGGUUUAGAGAAAGAUGAGGAACUGGAAGAGGAGGGGGUGGGAAUGGGAGGAGACAGUAAAGAUGGCGAUCCUUUCCUUGCCAAAAGAUUGAAACCAGUUGGUGGUGGUGGUGAGGGGCGAGUUUCCACGGUAACUUAUCCCCAGUUGUACCGCAGAAGAGGGUACUCACUUUAUUGUCUCUGAAGGUACUUCACAGAAACCCGGCUCUCUGUGCCCUGGAAUCUUCCGCUGUCUUCACUUAUCAACAGAGUCACUUGCAGGGAGGACUUGCUUCCCAAAAACGUUAUAACCUCAACCAAACUAGACAGUAGUCACCGCGCGGCUGUCAUUCGGUCAUGCUUGAGCUCAUAUUUGAAAUUCUGAGUCUCUGGCUUUUUUUGCAAGUCUCUUAAUGGUCAUUUGUGUUAAUGGAUAACUAUUAGUGUUCGUCUGUUUUAACUCUGCUUCUUUUCCUAUUUGUUUAUGAUGGCCACAGCCUAAAGUACACACAGCUGUGACUUGAUUUGAAAGGAAAUGGUUUAAGAUGCAGCAAGCUAAUACAGAAUGAUUAAAGUACGUCGGGCUA